AUCUUGGUGGUGAUUUUGUUGACAUUGCAACGUCUCCAGAGUUGUCUGGCUUUGAGGUAUGAGGGCUUGCUUCUAAGGGAAAACAAGUCCACAAGCUGCCAAUGGUUACAGGUUUCAUAUGUGGAAUGGCUUAGCUUUGCAGAGCACUGUCUUGAGAGUGGUUUUUAUGCUAUAGCUAACAAGGCAUGUGAAAACGCACUAUCAUGCCUCCAGAAGAAUGAUAUUGCAGACUCCAGAACAGAUCAAGUGUUUGAAAAUUUGCGAGCAACUGAAAAGAUUAACAAACUCAAGAAUCGUGCCCUAUUAUCAGCAUCUUCACACUCGGGUAUGUUUUACAUAUUACGUUAGUUCGAUAGAGAGUUUAUUGGCAAGUAUGAUGGAGCUGGUCAGCUAUACUAGUAGUUCUCAGAUAAGGAAAUCUGAACUUGUAUUAUGAGUGUACCUGAUGCUUUCUUGCUGCUUACUCAUUAUGCUUAUAUACAAUUUUAACCUGACUACCUGGGCAAAUAUAUGAAUAUUAGGGAAAAUCUAUUUGGCUACCUAGAUUUCCCAGGGGCCUUAACAAUGAUAGCACCCCAAUUUGCCAAGUUUAUACUGGUGUAGUGCUCUUAUCAAUAUGCUACCAAACACAUACCUAAAAGGAUGGAUAGCUUAAUUGGCUGCUAUCCCAAUGAUCAGAGCACAUAUUAGAGGUUUACUGAUGUGUAGUUAAAGCUGCAAGACUUCCAAGUGCUGUUUGGUCCCCUGUAGAAUUUUGUUUUAGCAUCAUGCAUCUUUAUUGCUUGCAGACUAUCAUAGCUAUUAUAUUCAGUCAUUCAAUUUGAUGUUAAUGAAUGCCAGAAAAUGUGCAUUGUAGCAUGCAUAUUAUACACAGAUAACUGUUUCUCUUGUAGGAUCUUGCUUUGUAGAGGCUAUUAUUCAUGACUUAAAUUACCCUACCGAUAUAUAUAACCGAUGUUUAUGUAUGGUUCUGUGUUUUCUUGUGGAGUGAUGUGGCAAUCAAGAUUCAUGUUAAAU